AUGAUUACUUUUAAGGGCUUUUACUCUGAGGUGAAGCGGCAGUUGCUAUGUAUAGAGUCAGGCUGGGUGAGCCCUGCCCUUCAUCUUGUUGGCAUCAGUAAGCGACAAGAACCCUCAAUACCCUUCAAGGAAAAACUGAAGGAUCUUGAAGUGAGGGAGAAGGAAUCUGCCACCUUCCAAUGUGAAGUGCCUGUUCCAAGUACAGAGACGGCUUGGUUCAAGGAGGAAACCAAACUCCGACAGAGCAAGAAAUACAACAUCGAAGAAGAGGGCACGUAUCGCCGGCUCACUGUCCAGAACGUCACCGCAGAUGAUGAUGCUGUCUAUAUCUGUGAAAUGAAAGAAGGGAGCAGGACCAUUGCAGAGUUGACUGUCCAAGGGAACAUCAUUAAAAAACUUCCACGAAAGACUGCGGUCUUCAUAAAUGAUACAGCCAUCUUCUGUGUGGAGCUGGACAACGAAUGCCAGAACAUCCAAUGGCUGAAAAAUAAAGAAGAAGUGAAACCCAGUGAUCGAAUCUCCAUCACAUGCUCUGGCAAGCAACAUACCAUGAUCAUCCGAGAGUGUAAGAUGGAAGAUGCUGGUGAGAUUGCCUUCCUGGCUGAUGAAAGCAGGACUUCUACCCAGUUCACUGUGACCACUCCCAAAAAACCUCCCACCCAACCCCCAGCUGACCCUGUGGUGAAAAAUAAAACAGAAACCUCAGUGACGCUAGCAUGGUCCCCUCCGAAGAUGGACCGCCCCAUUCCAAUCGAUGGCUACGUUGUGGAACGCAAGAAACUAACUGGCUUUACCUGGGUGAGGUGCCACGAGUCUCAUGUCCCUGUCCCAGAGUUCACGGUGAGCAACCUGUCAGAAGAGGCUGACUAUCAGUUCAGAGUGUCUGCAGUCAACGCCUAUGGACAGAGCCCCUACCUGGAGUUCCCAGGGAGCAUGCACCUUGAACCAGUCCUGGCUGUGAAAACCCCCCUGACAACUGUUGAAGCUGUACCUGGAGGGGAUGCCCUUUUUACUGUUGACCUCACGACGACAUGUUCCGGCACUUGGUAUCUUAAUGGUAAAGUCUUACAGGAAAGUGAGACCUACAUCAUUAAGAGAACCCAAACUACUCACACCCUGAUCAUAAAGAAUGUCACCAAGAACGAUGAUGGAGCAGAAGUGAAAUUUGUUGCCGAUAACGUUGACACCAGCACCAAGAUGAGAGUGAAAGGUGCUGCAGUGAGAUUUACCAACAGGAGCAGAGAUGUAGAAAAGGUCUCCGCUCGGCUGCGGGAGGAAGCCAAACUUCAGGCCGAGCUUUCGGACACAGAGGCUACUGUGAAGUGGAUGAAGGAUGGGAAAGAGCUCAAGGCCAGUGAAAAAUACGAACUUCAUACUGUGGGGAAGAUGCACAUCCUGAAAAUUCGCAACACUGCAGCAGAGGAUGCUGGAGUUUAUGAGUGCGUUUGUGAAGGGGAUAAAAUGCUCUAUCAACUUUCAGUGAAAGCACUUGCAAACUUCGUAAACAAAGAGAAAACUGGAGGAGUUAUCAGGGCUGUCUCUGGAAAACAGGCUGAAUUUGUUUCUGAGACCUCUGAGGCCAACAUCAUGGUUAAGUGGUACAAAGAUGGCAAAGAAAUCACAGCCAGCAAGAAAUUCACCAUGGAAGAUAAAGGAAAACUGCAUAAGCUUGUGGCUUCGGCUGUGACAAAAGAAGAUGAAGGAAUAUACACAUGCAAAAUUGGAGAUGACACUCUUAUUUUUGAUUUAAAAGUCUCAG